CUCACCAAGGAUGAGUUUCUCUCGACCCUCGGCGACGACUGGAAAGUCCCUGGCAACAAGAUUGACUGGCUGGACUAUCGCUGCGGCAAGACAAAGCCUCCCGGAAAGCUGUCUCUGCAGUCGCGCGCAUACCUCCACCUGACCAACGACCAACACGUCAAGCCUUUCGAGGCCCACUUCUUGCAGCUCAGCUUCCACGAUGCCAAAGGUUCCCACAAGGAUCCUCAGCUCAAGCAGCUUCUGCCCUCUCUGGCCUUUGCUCCCAACCAGCGCAUUCCCAGUGUCAAGCAACGCCAGGACGGUCGCCAGGGCACCAUUGAUCAGGACCCCGAAUUCAUUGCCUUCCUCGAGCGCGAGACUCAGCCAGUCACCAAGCCUCUUUCCCUCGAUCAAGCUCUUGCUCAGGAGAAGCCCAAGGACAAGGUCUCGUCUACCCCUCUGUUGGACGACUUGCGCGAGAAGAAGCAGAACAAGGCCAGAGCCAACCAAAAACACAAGGAAGAGAAGCAGUCAGACAAGUCUUCGGCUAGAGGCCGCGACCACAAGUCCGAUGCCAAACAGCCUGUGAAGCUCCUCGCAAAGGACAAGAAGAACCAAACCGCCCAGCCUGUCGCUCCUACCCCGCCAGCCGCUACUCCCGCUUCUGGUCGUAAGCGUGAGCCAAAGGAUUCAAGAUCUGGUCGCAACAAGGAGAAGGCGGCCGCCCAGACUCCUGCACAGGAAAACUCUAAGCCUGCAACUCCUGCUCCCACCAUCUUGAAAAAGCCCGCUCAGCCAGCCGCGCCCAAGGCCCCGAAAGCCGCCAAAGGAAACAACACCUCUGCUCAGGCACCCCCAUCGACUCCCGUUACUGCUAACAAGCAGCCCAAGGCCGCAGCAAAUUCGGGUAGCAGCACUACAAAAGCUUACCUGAAGCACGCAAAUGCUUCUCAAGGCGUGACUGAGCCUCUGCUCCUCGUCGCUCUGUCCGCAUUCGGUCCUGUCGUCAAAGUCGAGAUUGACAAGCGCAAGGGUACUGCUCUGGCUGAGUUCAAGGACAACGAAGGCUUGAAGGCUGCCAUGUCCAAGAAGAGCGUGCCCGUCGCUCAGGGUGCUGUCGAAGUGCUCGAGUACAGAGACAAGCAA